UCGUUCCCGCCCUAAUGCCACAAAAUGUUCAAUUAGGAAUUCCGAUUUUCAACGUAGUUGCAAUUCUCAAACAAAUUUGGUUUCAAUCUCUACACUUUCAUCUGCAAUCGAAGAUCGGUGGUGACUGUUAGAGAUACAAUCGUUUCUGCUUCUCCUGUUGACGACGCGAUGGUGAAGGAAUCAACACCGCCUAAUUCAAGAGCUAAUCUGAAGAAGCCUCCAUGGCAGACUGUUCUCACUUUUUUCACCAAAAACUACGCCCUUUUAUUGGUAGUACUGCUUUUGUCUGAGACGAUUCUGCGGUUGCUAUUUGGGAACAAUGACGUUUAUCCUUUAGGGCUCGAUAGACGGACUGCUGAGGAAACCAAGUCCCUGUUACAUACGACUACCAAGAUGAUGCAGGUUCAGAUUGAAGCUGUGGACAGAAAAAUCGAGAAAGAGAUCGAAGAUUUAAGAAACGAAUUGAGUGAGAGAAUAGACGAGAAUGAUUUCUUCUAUGGGGCCAGAUUGCGUGAUUUUGGCGAAAGGGUUGAUAGUAUUGGGCGAUCAUUGAUUAGCGAGGAAAGGUUAUGGAAAGAUGAAUUCAACAAAAGUAUAGAGAAAUUAAAGUUCAAAAAGGGGAAGGAUGAAGGGGAUUUUAGGUUGGAUGAAAUGAAGGGUUAUGUGAAGGAGAUGAUUGAGAAGGCAAUCGACAAUCAUGCUGCUGAUGGACUUGGUACUAUUGACUAUGCGGUUGCUUCUGGUGGAGGAAUGGUGGUGAAACUCUCUGAACCCUACAAUUUGCAAAAUGCGAUUCAUCUGUCUGCUCUGAAGAUUCUGCAACCUAGUUUUGGUGAACCUGGUCAAUGUUUGCCUCUCAAAGGGGACAGUGGUUAUGUUGAGAUCAAAUUGAGGCAAACCAUCAUCCCAGAGGCUAUAACUCUUGAACAUGUUGCAAAGAGUGUGGCAUACGACAGAUCUAUGGCUCCUAAAGAGUGUAGAGUGUUUGGAUGGUUGCAUCCUGAUUCCAAGAAGAUGGUUUUGCUAAGAGAGUUCACAUAUGAUCUUGAAAAAAGAAAUGUACAAACAUUCAAUGUUUGGGAGAAUGGAUAUGCUGUGAACAUGAUGAGAUUUGAGUUCAAAUCAAACCAUGGAGAUCCCACUCACACUUGCAUAUAUCGCUUCAGGGUUCAUGGUUAUGAGCCUGAUUCUCUCUCAUCAUAGAUUCUUCAGACUAGUAAAAAUGAGUCAGCUUUUUCAAGUGAAGUGAUGAUGAAUCUAUUGGAAUAACAAUGAGAGGUAACUGUAGCAACUUUUGUUGUCAUAUAUUUUGAAAAUAUACCAUAACUUGUAGUAACAGUCUUUUUUUUUUCUUGUGAAAAGUUAAACCAUGCUUUUCCAUUUCUUUCAUAAAAUCUUCUUAUAAAAUUCAUCUUUACAUGUCAACUCAGUCAUUCCAUUCCAAAUAUGACACAGUUAUUAUUAAAGUUUGUGAAAUGGCAAAAUGGGGAGAACUUGUAAGCAACACCAAGAGAAAUUCAGAUUGUCAAAUUCUAAUCA